GGUUCCCUGGUCGAAUGUUUUUGUUUGUUGUGUGUUUUUCUUUUAUUUUGCGCGUUUAAAAGUGUUUAAAAGUGAUUUAUCGAGAGCAAUGGAGCUGCCGAAGGAGUUGUCCAUUGCGGAGAUCCGCAAUUACAUGCUGGCCAACGACUGCAAGGUGACAAAUCACGCGUUGGUCAAGCACUUUAAGAAAUUCCUCACCCAUCCGCAGUCGCAAAAUGAGGCCCGCAAGCGUUUCAAGACCUUUGUUACCCUGCUCUCCACGAUAAAGAACGAGAACAAUCAGAAGUUUCUGAUAUUGCGCAAGAAAUAUGUGAACGAGUGUCCCACGGAGGAGGUGGUGGAGCGCGCGGUGGCCGCCGCGUCCGGGGAGCCCUCGAGUCCCGGCGGCGCAUCCCUGAACUUCGACUCCCCCAUGAGGCAGCCACCGCCCUACAAGAACCCACCCAUGGUCACAUCCCCGCCAGCGGCAGCCGUUUCCAUUGCCAAGGAACAGCAGGAGAACUACCAGGAGUGCGUGGACGAGUUCACGGCUGCCAUUAAGCGCAUAGAACCCGCCCGCUUGGAGAAGCAGCCCUCGGCUAAGCCCGACGAUCAGGAUCAGCCGGAGCAGCCAGCCUCCCGAUCCAACUCCAUCGAUGUGACCGAGAACAAGGAGAACAUACCCCGCUUCUCCUUCUCCUCGGAGGCCUCCACCGACUCCAGUUCCAAUGAAAAGCCGGAGAAGGCAGAGACCAAUGGAACCCCCUCCGCCGAGGGCGACCUGGCCGAGAAUCCCAUCAGCGUGAAGGAGGCCACGCGCAAGUUCAACCGGAUGGCUUCCGAAGAGGAGGCCAAAAUCAUAUCGCCGCCAGCCAAGAAGAAGCCAGAGAAGCAAUUAAUCGAGGAAAAGGAUUCGCCCGAGGUUACGCUGGCGCAUCCCAAGGCGAAGGAGUGGAUCGUCUCGAUGGCGAAGGCUAAUUACCAGGAGCUGGCCAAGAUGGCCAGCGAGUUCCCGGAACUGGUUAAGCUGCAGUGUCCAGCAACGACCGCUUUGCACUGGGCAGCCAAGCACGGCAAUGAAGAUGUGGUUAAGCUAAUUGCCGGCACCUAUAAGGCCGAUGUAAAUGCCAGAACGAACGGGGGAUACACACCUCUUCAUUUGGCUACCCAGUUUGGAAGAGAUAAUAUUUUUGAAUUACUAUGGAAUGUCUAUAAGGCCAAUAGGGACAUCAUGGACUGGAGUGGCAACAAGCCCCUGGACUACAGUCGCCAGCGGUCGAGUGUGUCCGCAUCGACCUGCAGCAAAAUCAAGGCUCGCAAAAAGCAUGCAAUCGAAAAAGAUUUGGGCUUCCUGCGGAUUGGUUCGUUGAAUGUCAGGGUAAAGAAGACCACCGAGGCGUUCAGCAAUUUCUUGGGAGUGGGCAAUGGCAGUGGGGUGGCUCCGAUGGGCUAUGGCAGUGGCGGGGGAGCGGGGGCAGCAAGUCGCCCUCACCAUCGGUCUCACCGAGCCCCUCAUCAGCGUCAUCAUCACCACGUUGGUACGACACGGAGUCGGCAUCCGAAUCAGAGGGCAGCGAUGAGCACACCCUACGGGACGAACGGCGGCCUUCCGUCGAGGGCGAGUGUUCCCAAUAACCGUAAUAUCUACGACGGAGUUCACAAGUCUUGGGGAUCGGCAGACAACAUACCACACCGAUCGGAGGAGCUAAUGCCACCGCCCAAGACGGUGGAUUAUAUCAGCAAGCGGAACAAGUCCUCGAAGCGCUCGUCCUACGCCUCGAAUGCCACCGAUUCACCCCGGGAUUCCAUUUGCUCCUCGAACUCCAGUUCCAAUCUGAAUGGUGGUUAUAGCAGCAUGCCCACGACCCCGAAUCAGUUGCGUGCUCCUAAGGGCAUCGCUACGUCCUUCGCAGUGGAUUCCGAUUCGGACUCCGCCUGUGGAUUUGACUCCAGCUGGUCGGUCAAUUGUCACGGAUCUUCAAGCAGCAAUCCAUCGCAAUCCUAAAUACCUGAAUAAGUGUGUUAAGCCACAAGCCCAAAUGUCUACAUACCGUACAACAUAUAACAUUGACCAUGUAAUCGUGAAAGUAUUUGUUUUUUAAAGAACUAAAAUAUUAUUUAAGAAUAACAAUAUUUAGUGUUUGUGAAAUAUUAAUUUGAAAGAAGCUAUGGUUUUGUCUUUAAUGUCUCAAUUUGUACCCUUCCUUUAAGAAUUUAAAACAUAACACAGUUUAUAUGUAUUCCUGAUUAAAAAUUA